AUGACACAAUUCUCCGUUGAGAACCCGACCGACGCCAUUCACACGAUCACCCUUGUCACGCAGUACUUAUGUAUCCCUAUCGUCUCCUUCUUCGUGUUGAUGCGGUUUGGCAUCCGGACGUGGUACAAGCAGCCCUUCACUGUUGAAGAUGGUGCCUGUUACGUCGCAUGGGUAUUGUUCAUGGCCUAUUGUGCCGUUGCCAUCGUCAUGGCCCAAAACGGUGCUGGGUAUCACAUCCUCGACAUCACCGACGAGCAAGCCAUCCAAUUCCGUAAAUGGUCCUACAUCGCCACCGUUAUCUACUGUCCCAUGGCCUUAAUCGUCAAAAUCGCCCUCCUCGCCAUUCUCAUCCGUAUCUUCGGCCCCUACAAAACCAAAGUCACCCUCAUCUAUGUCUUCCUCGGCGCCCUUUGUAUCUACUACAUCAUCGCCGAAGUCAUCAAGAUCCGCAUGUGCGAUCCCGUCCCAGCAUUCUGGCUAGGCCCGACCGGCCCGGGCGUGAAAUGCUUCGACCAAGCUGCCGCCCUCAUCGCAGACUCAGUGAUCAGUGUCGUUAGCGAUUUAAUCAUCCUCAUCGUCCCGCUGCCCCUGACAUGGUCACUGCAGAUGUCGCGCAACAAGAAGCUGCGUGUCAUGGGUAUGUUAUCUGCAGGAGGCUUAGCCACAGCAUUCAGUAUCUACCGGCUCGUUCUCGUCGUCAAGGACGGCCAAUCGAUAGAUCAAACAAUCGUCUUCACCUGCGUCGUGCUCUCCGGUAACGCGGAAGGCGGCGUCGGACUCAUCUGCGCGUGCUUACCAGCCGUCAACAUCGUGAUCGCCAAGCUCCGCAAAUACGGCAGCUCGCAUAACCGCUCGUACGGACACCAGGACUCGAGUGUGCCGCUGAGCAAGAUGCGCAUGGGCGCGAGCAAGGGCCAGUCCAAGGCGUCGAAGAAUGAUCCAGAGGGCACCCUGACUGACUACGGGAAUGACCAAAGCCAUCUCAUUUCGUAUGCAGGGUCUGCGCAGGGUGGCGGGGGCAUUCAUAAGACGAUUGAUGUGUCGCAGACGGUGGAGAUGUUGGAAGAGCGUGAUGAGAGGAAUUACUCGAGUCAUAGUCAAAGUCCAUAG